UGCCUGAUAUAAAAUGAUCAGCGUUGGGAUUUGCGGGUUAAGGACGCUUAGAGCAGGGGUUUUAAUGUCAUGACGUCACAUUAAUUAGCGGCCACAUUGAUCCUCUCAGCCUCUAAGCCCUGCUCUGUCCUAUUCUGUCUGUCGGUGGACACGGGAGGCAUUAGUGACUCCCUCAGGGACCGUGGAGCAGGAUGCACCUCCGCGUACACGGCCGCUACUGAUCCUACCCCACCCUGCAGGCCACAGCCCGGCUCCCCUCACCGCUUUGACUCUUCCCCCCCGGCUGGUGAUGCUUCUGUGAAUAAGAGGGACGGGGAAUAUUAAAAACUACAAAAGUUCAACAUGGCAGACAAGGGUAGCGUGGAGAAGUACCUGGAGAACAACCCGCAGUUCGCCAAAGAGUACUUUGACAAGAAGCUGCGUGCCGAGGCCCUGACCGCCGCCUUCUCCGCGGCUCUGGAUGUCAAAGACACUGCUUCCUUCAAGGAUGUUAACUCCGUGCAGGAGGCCGCCAUCAUCUUCGAGCUGAUCCAGGAGCUGCAGAAGCCGGGGGACAUGGAGAAGCCCCUGCACAAGGUGCUGCAGAGGGUCGCCCUGAUCCUGCAGGCGGACAGGGUCAGUUUUUACAUGUGCCGCUCUCGAAACGGAAUACCCGAGCUCGCCACCUCGCUCUUUGACGUGACCCCGACCUCCAAGUACGAGGGCAACCUGGUGCAUCCGCAGGGGGAGAUCGUGUUCCCCCUGGACAUGGGCAUUGUCGGGUUCACUGCGCACUGCAAAAAGCCCCAAAAUGUCCCUGACGUCUCAAAGAAUCCAAAGUUCUGUGACUUUGUGGACAAACAGACUGGAUACAAGACCAAGUGCAUGCUCACGUUCCCUCUAACCGUGGACAAGGAAUGUCUCGGAGUCGUCAUGGCUCUGAACAAAAUAGGAGCCGAUCAGUUCACUCCCGAGGACGAGGCUCUCUUCCACAAAUACAUGAACUUUACCCAAGUCAUCGCCCUGCAGCACUACACAACCUACAUGUUCAACGUGGAGUCCAGGAGGAGUCAGGUGCUGCUCUGGUCGGCCAGUAAAGUGUUUGAGGAGCUGACGGACAUUGAGAGACAGUUCCACAAAGCGCUCUACACUGUUAGGACCUAUCUACAAUGUGAGCGAUACUCAGUGGGCCUGUUGGACAUGACCAAAGAGAAGGAAUUCUAUGAUGAAUGGCCAGUGAAACUGGGAGACGUGGAACCUUAUAAAGGCCCAAAAACACCAGACGGCAGGGAAGUCAUCUUUUACAAGAUCAUCGACUACCUCCUGGAAGGCAAAGAGGAAAUCAAAGUCAUACCUGCUCCACCUGCAGAUCACUGGGCUUUAGUCAGCGGACUGCCGACCUACGUGGCAGAGAAUGGCUUCAUUUGCAACAUGAUGAACGUGGCUGCAGACGACUUCUUCACUUUCCAGAAAGAGGCCGUGGACGACACAGGUUUCGUCAUCAAGAACGUCCUGUCGCUGCCCAUCGUCAACAAGAAGGAAGAGAUUGUGGGCAUCGCCACUUUCUUCAACAGGAAAGAUGGCAAACCGUUUGACGAACACGAUGAGCAGAUCACCGAGGCCCUGACUCAGUUCCUUGGCUGGUCCGUGCUGGUCUGCGACACCUACGACAGGCUGAACCGAAUGGAGUACAGGAAAGACAUCGCCCAGGAGAUGCUCAUGUGCCAGACCAGGUGCACCCCGGAAGAGCUGCAGUCCAUCCUGAACACCAAAGAGAAGUUCGACUCGGAGCCUGAAGACUGCGACCAGAAGGAGAUGUACAAACUGUUGAGGGCAACCUGCCCGGUGGCCAACAACGUCAACGGGGAGGAUCUGUACAAGUUCUCCUUCAGCGACUUCCCCGUGUCAGAGUUCGGCCUCAUCAAAGCCGGCAUUCGCAUGUUCUUCGAGCUCGGAGUGGUCGAGAAGUUUAAAGUCCCCGCGGAGACGCUGACGAGGUGGAUGUACACAGUGAGGAAGGGUUACCGUGCCAUCACCUACCACAACUGGAGGCACGGCUUCAACGUGGGCCACACCAUGUUCUGCCUGCUCCAGACAGGGAGGCUGAGGAAGUACUACUCCGAUCUAGAUGCCUUUGCCAUGGUGGCUGCUGCUUUCUGCCAUGAUAUCGACCACAGAGGAACCAACAACCUCUACCAGACCAAGAGUUCACAUCCUCUGGCCAAACUUCACGGCUCCUCCAUCAUGGAGAGGCACCACCUGGAGUACAGCAAGACCCUCAUGGCAGAGGAGAGCCUGAACAUCUUCAGCGGCCUCCAGAAGCGUCAGUUUGAGAAUGUGCAGCACUUGUUUGACGUCUGCAUCAUCGCCACUGAUCUGGCCCUUUACUUCAAGAAGAGAACCAUGUUUCAAAACAUCGUGAACGCCACCGAGCCGAUGGCGGAAGAAAAGGAGGCCAUCGCCUACGUCUCCAACAACGCCACCAGGAAGGAAAUCGUCAUGGCCAUGAUGAUGACAGGCUGCGACUUGUCAGCUAUCACCAAACCCUGGGAGGUUCAGAGCAAGGUGGCGCUGAUGGUCGCUGCUGAGUUCUGGGAACAGGGCGACUUGGAGAGAAGUGUUUUGGACCAACAGCCAAUUCCCAUGAUGGACAGAAACUGUGCCGAGCAGCUUCCCAAGAUGCAGUGCGGUUUCAUCGACUUCGUGUGCUCGUUUGUAUACAAGGAGUUCUCCAGGUUUCACAAAGAGAUCACACCCAUGUUUGACGGCCUGAAGAACAACAGGGCACACUGGAACGAGCAGGCCGAGGUGUACAACGCCAAGAUGAAGGCCAUCGAGGACCAGAAGAAGAAACUGGAAGAAGAGGAGGCCAGGAAAUCUGGUGACGGAGGGAAGUCAAAGACCUGCACCAUCUGCUGAACCCCUCCAGUGCUUGGAUCUGGACUCAUGCGGUCUGGUUAGGACUCCUCUAGGCUACGCUAGCCUAUGAUUCUGGUCUGACGGGUCAUCUAGUUGGAUCUGUGCGAGGCUAGUUCGGUCUUGUCUGAUCUACAUCAGCUGUAGUUCUCUCUGGUUAGGUGCUAUCCGCCUUGAUGCAGUCCAGCCCUGUGUGGUCUGGUCUGGAUUCAGUCUAGGCGAACCCUGGUCUAGUGUAGUCAGGUCUGGAUCUACGGUCCAGUCUGGAGUAGGCGAGUUUAUCCAUUCUCAGAGGAGAGUCAGAAACAUCACUGAGAAGUAUUGCUGGGACUCUGGCUACAAGAGAAACCGUCUCCAUGCUGAAGAUGUGACGUGUUUUGAAACUUUCUCCUUCCUCUGCUUCGUGCAGCCAUGAACAUUUGAAAAAACAAAGCAUACAUGGACAACAUAUAUUCCCCCUUUUAAAAUAUCAUUAGUAGAAACAAAGCUCAUAAAACUGUAUUGAAAUGUUCCAAAUCAGGCUCAGCUCUUCUAGUAUAAAUCACUUGCAUAGGGUACUACAUGUACUGUAUGGGGGGUGUAUCCAUGCCACAGGCUUCCUAUUGGCAGUAUUGUCGCACUGUAGGUUGCAUAAUGAACUUAGCUGCUGUUCUGGCAGUGGCAGGCCAUGCAACAGUUUAAAUAGCAUGGGUAGCAUCUGAAGGAAAAUGAAAUGUACAUUGUGAACACCAAGAAAACGAAGGGAAGCUUUGAAUCGAAAGGAUCUGUCAACCAGGGCUGAUGUUUUCUUACCUCAGAGGCCCCCUGAUGAGCUGCGUGAGGGUCUAUUUAUAUUUAAUAUGCAAUCUAUCUACAGUAUAUACACAUUUAUUUUUUUGAUUGUGUGUCUGAUUUUGUACUUGAACCGUCGUCUUGGCCGGGAGAGUUAGAGACGAGCUUUGCAAGAUUAAUCUGUCAAAAAAAUCACAUCCAGGCAUCGAGAACAUAGGUUUUGAAUUUGUCGCCAGCUUUGACACCUGCGCUGUUUUAUUUGUGUCCAACGAACUGUAAAAAAAAAAAUAACUGAAAUUAUAAUACACAGAAUAUUUACACCAAUGUUUAGAGCAAAAGUACGACUCUGGGCCUCGUACUCCCGGGUCACAAAAUGAUUUCUUUUAAACGUGCUUGAUUUGUAUAUAGCUUACGACAUAGUGAUUGUAAAAUGUAAAAAAGUUACUAAUAACUGCAGAAUAAAAAAUUGGAUUUGAA